AGCGCGCCAAACAAGUGUACACGGACAACGACGUUUUACUUAACUGCAAGGGCAACUGAAAACGUUGACUAUGGUUUCAGAAAAGGCGGAUAUUCGCAAGUUCGUAUUCAGAGAACUUCACCAUUGUUCGGAUCUCAGUACGUUAACGCUAGGUAUACUACGAAGAAGAUAUCUGGAGCAUGUUGGCAGGGAAACCCUCAGCGUGGAACACAAACAGUUACUCAAGCAAAUUGUAGAAGAGGAACUUUUGAAAAUGCAGGAAAACAGCGGCGAUGAAUCUUUGGUCAUGAGGGCAAACCCAUCACAGAAACAGAACAAACGGAAGAGACAGGAGGAUAACGAUGAAGGGGAAAAAGAUGGGCAAAGUGAAGACGACGUGGUGGACAGAAAAAAGAAAUCACGUUUUGAGUUAGUUCCUCCAGAUUCCCCUGAUUCAGGAAUAGAGAAAGCUGCACAUGAGGAACCACUGAAAGAAGAAGAAGAAGACGACGACGAGGAUGAUGAUGAUGAUGAUGAUGAUGAUGAUGAUGAAAGAAAUGGACAUGAUGGAGAGAGUGACAAAGAACAGACAGAAAAGGUGGAAAUGAAGACGAAAGCACAGCAUACUGUGAGGGGGAACAGGAAGGGCAGAAUGAGCUCAGAAAGUGAGGAGGACAAGAAACCAAGGCAGAGCAGGAAGGUCAUGGACAGGGAAGAAGAGGAGCUCGACAGCCUUGAAGAUUCGGGUGAAGAGGAAAAAAAACAGCAGGAAGCAAAAUCCAGAGACCAAAGGAGAAAGAAAAGGGUGAGCUCAGGCAGCGAGGGAAAGGCAUACGGCAAGCAGACAGGAAAGAUAAAGGCUCAGAAGGGCAAAAGAGAAGAGAAUGUAAAAGAGCCAAAUUCCCCUGAGAGUGAGGCUGUGCGAAAGGUGCAGAAGGAAGUUUUUGGGAGUAGUUCAGAAAGUGAGGAAGAACAUGAGGGAACGAAAGCAAAGGGGAAAGAGAGCAAUGAUGGAGAGAGCGAUGAAGAAAUGAUCAACAAGAAAGACAGUGAUAAUGUGUCCUCUGAUGAAGAACUGAAAGGAAAAGUGAGGGAUGAAGACAAGGACUCCCAGUCAGACUCCUCAUCUCUGCCCUCGCUGGAGGAGGAAGAAGAGCUGAAUAAGAAGCCUAAACAGGAAGAGAAGAAGAAGAAGCGUGGAUCAGAGAGAAAGAAUACUGACGAGAGUGAGAGCAGCGCCAAAGGAGGGAAGCUGGGUGAGGAGAACAAAGCUGUGUCGAGGCUUAAGCAUUACAUCGCCCUCUGUGGUGUACGACGGAACUACAAGAAGCUAUUGGAAGGCUGCCGCUCGGUGAAGGCCAAGGUGGCCGUGCUGAAGAAGGAACUGGAAGAGCUGGGAGUGGAAGGUCAGCCAUCCAUAGAGAAGUGUAAGAAAGCAAGACUGAAGAGAGAAGAAGCUCAGGAGCUAGCAGAGCUGGAUGUUGGCAACAUUAUCACCACUCAGGGCCGUCCCAAGCGCAGAGCCGCAGCGUCGUGGCUGCUCCCUGGGGGCAGUUCUCCUCCACCUUCAGCCUUCAAACGUGCGGUGAACUCUGACUCUGACAGUGAAAACGGCUCUACAGGCAGGGUGCGCAAGAGGACAACAGACUGGAGCAACCUGAAGGGUGUAAUCAGUGACGAUGCAGACAGCGACUAAGCAACAGGAGCCUAUGUGAUGUGUGUACAAAGUGUUUAUAAUUUUUGUGUUUCAUACAAGUUGUUUUCCUUUGUUGGUGUUUUUCAUAUUUCAUGUUUUCAUACAUUUUUAGAUUUAUUUGCUGUGCAACCUACCAUGGUCCUCUCUGUAGGUAAAGUGUAAUAAUAAAUCAUUUUGUAUUUUC